AUGUCUCCCCCAGGGAGAGCAGGCAAGACUGCUCCGCGUUUAGCAGCCGACAUUAAUCUAUACGACCCUCAAAACCCACCGAGUUCGGGCAGAAACCUACUUUCGCAAGUGCCUCCUGUGUUUCCAGAAGGAUACAAUGGAAUCCAGCAGUGGAUUUCGCCGGCCGCUUGCCAGCAUAUCUAUACCACCAAGACGAACCAGACCAUCCUCCCACCACAGACACAAAGACGCGGAGCUGGCACGACAUACAGAGUUGCAGCUGUCUGUUCCAAAUGCAGGUACCAUCUGCAGCUGGUCGUAACAUAUACAAAGGAUGUGGGCCAGAUCAGUCAGAAUCAAGCAGAUCAUAUCCACCAUUUUGUGUACAAGUCUGGUAGACAGGCAGGCGGGCAAUCUACGGAGGAGAUAACCCCUAAGGGGCAGCACGUGGAGACAUUUCAUUACGAAUGUUCAUAUUUAACGUGCUCAGCAGUCGCAUCUCUGCGCAUCGCUUCUCCGCUGCUCGGCCCUCAGUGGGUGCAACUUCUAACGGACCCAGAACUGCUCAAAAACCGGGCUGAUGAAGCCAUCAAUGCUCACCCAGAUCGCUUAGAGGGAGUUGGUCACCCGCUUCCCAUCAACGUCUUGGAAAACCUGCGCACAUAUAUCAGCAAUGCUCUUCUUCAUGACCGGCAAAGGAGCAAAUCAAUAUCUGCUGUGAAUAAAAGAUUCAUGGUCUGUUUUGGGGUUGAAGGAAUUCCCUGUCAAGACCUUCUACGGUUUCUCGAGUUCCACAACGAGAAUGAAGGCUUCUGGGAGCCCCCGCGCCCCCAGGCUACUGAAGCCCCACCUUAUCAUGACCCCUUUAAUGUUUUCCUAGAUGACGUUGUGCAUGAGCUAUCGGCGCUGAUAGAGCAACGACCACCUACUGAGAGGAAGGGGCACCAAAUAGACCAGCCAGCACUCGCACAGAACGAUAUCUUAUAUGCUCUUGGGGCCCUGAACUACCCAAGGGCCGUGGGUUGGAGAGAGUUCCAAAUGCCAGGGACACCGUGCUACGAAGACUUGGGGGCUGUGGAGGAUAUGUCUUCCGCUCUAGUCGUGGAAGCAUAUAAUCGGCAGAUCAGCGUCGAUCCAUCGCGAGCACCAUUUUAUCUUCAGAACCUCAAAACAGUAGCCAGUUUAAGAGAUGGAUCGGAGCGUGAGGUCAUCGAUCAAGCCGUCAUGGUGGCAUAUUCUGAGGGUCAAUAUACCGAAGAAGACGUCGUCAAGGCGUACAAGUAUUUCGGCCUUAGCCAUGAAGAUCCCACCCUCACUGAAGACAGCAUCAUUGGGAAAUUCUACGCAUUCUUAAGCGCCACCACCCACGAAGCUGAGACACGUAAACAGUUGUGGAGGAUAGGAGACAGCAGGCGAAGCGAGCACAUCAAGGCAGCUGCUGAAGAAAGGGUUUCAACGCCCGAGCAAGCUUUGGUAUUCCUUGGGGUGGAUGAGAAAACACCCGACGAUUUCAUUGUCACGAUGUACACGGCGAAGAUAACCGACAGCCCCGCAAGCAAAGAUCUUGCACGCCGUGCUGUUGAGAUUAUUGCAGAAGCACGGAAGUCCGAAACUCUGAGCCAUUUUCUCAAGACAGGUGAGACCGGACUCGGCGAGAUGGAUGUCGGAGACGCAUACCGGCUGCUUCAAAUACCGGAUCGAACUGUUGACGAUGCGGCUAUAAUGGCGGCCUACACUAUUUGCGUCGACGAGGCCCCAGGUCAGAUAGAGACCUACAACCGUGCUCUCAGUAUCAUCGCAAAGGAUAAGGAUAGCGCCAUCCUCGGAAACCUCGUCUCCGGCUCUACUGCUCAAUCCGAUCGCAAGUUAUCGGAGUGGCCGGUGGGCCUGCAGAAUAUCGGCAACACUUGCUACCUUAAUAGCUUACUGCAGUUCUACUUUACUGUGCGCCCCUAUCGCGAGAUGGUCCUUGAUUUCGAAAAUCAUAAGAUGGACAUGGGAGAGGAGAACUUGAGUCAGAAGCAAGUUGGAUCGCGUAAAGUCACAAAAAAUGAAGUUGAGCGUUCUCAGAGAUUCUUGAGAGAGCUUCGGACACUGUUUCAGAAUAUGAUCACUUCUCCUUCUUCUUCUGUUACACCAUCUCCGGAGUUGGCUAGAUUGACCCUGAUUAGUUCAACGAAUGAAGCAGCCAUACGUUGCAAGUCGACAAUCUCCGGUCCAAGGCCGGGUGGUUUAGGGGAGAUAAACGGGGUGGCAGUGAUGGGCCCUUUGGGGCCGCCAAAGACAGGCACAAGCGAUGAAAGUGCAGAGCAGACAGCAACGGCCGCUCCUGUCACCGCGGAGACAUAUGUAUCGAAAGAGUCAACGACAAGCGACGUUGAUAGCGACGCGACGCUUGUCGAUAGCAGCCGAAAUGAGACACCUGGACCGCCUGCGGACAAUAAGGAGAACCAACCUCCUUUGGGAAAUGACGCCUCAGAGCAGGAUAUCAAGCCAACCUCUGAAGAAGAAAAGGAUGCGAUUGCUACAGACUCUCAGGCGACUCCCGGCCCUAUAGGGCCGCCAAAUCGGCCUCCACCUGUGCCUCCACGACCAUCGUCGGAUGCGGAACGACAGAGGCAAUUACUCGAAGAGGUGGAGAUCGGAGCACAGCAAGAUGUGACAGAGGUCAUCAACAAUGUUCUCUUCCAAAGCCAAUGUGCCAUUAAACCUCGAGCCAUUGCUCCAGAUGGUGAGCAGCUGGAUCAGGUUAAAGACUUGUUUUACGGAAGAACGCAGUCCUAUAUCACUGCUGAACGCGGUGUGCGCUCAAAGGAGGAGCUGUGGUGCGAUAUCAAAGUCGACGUAGCAUCUGGGUCUCGUGACAUCUACGCCGCCAUUGAUGGGGCUUUUGAUGCACAGAAGGUCCAUGUCGAUGGAGAAAUAGCAGAGCAAUUCGGAUCCAUCAGCAAGUUGCCCCCAAUCCUCCAGAUCCAAGUCCAACGUGUCCAGUUCGACCCCGUCAAGAAGACUUCAUAUAAGUCAACUCACCACCUUGAGUUGAAGGAAACAAUCUACCUCGAUAGAUAUAUGGAUACGCAGCAAGAGGAGCUCAUGAAUCGUCGACGACAAUGCUGGGCAUGGAAGGACACGCUGAGGGUGCUCGAGGCUCGCAGAGAGGAGCUUCUCCGCAAAGAGGAGAACGAUCGUCAAGACAUGCCUGCUCUGUUUGAUAAUGCAAAACGUGUGCUCGAAGAUCUUGACGCCAUGAAAGACGAUGAAGAAACCGCGGACGAUGCUAUCGAGAUAGACCCGCAGACAAUUACAGAACUCGACCAGCUGUCCCAGAUAACCAAGACAGAGCUAGCGUUCGUGGAGCAGGAGAUCAGGGACACGCAGGCGAUGAUUUCGAGCCAAUUUGCUGAUUACAAGCACCUCCCUUACCGCCUGUACGCUGUGUUUGUGCACCAUGGGUCUGUCGAAUUCGGGCAUUAUUACAUCUACAUCUACGAUUUCAAGAAGGACGUCUGGCGCAAAUACAACGACAGCGAUAUUACGGAGGUGCAUAAUCGGGCAGAAAUAUUCGAGAGCCAGGGCCGAAAUCCUCCGACGCCGUACUUCCUGGUCUAUGUAAAUGAGCGCAUGAAAGACCGCCUCGUCCAACCGGUGUGCCGAGAAAUCGCUGAGAAUUCUGCUUCCACAGCAGAAGAUACAGCCGCUCAGGCAACGAUUCCAGCCGCUGCCCAGGGCGAGGAUACUGUAACGACGAGCGAAGAUGUGGAUAUGGAUCCACCCGCGUACGAUGAAGCAUGGACUGACAGUGGCCCGGCAGGUACGGCAGACGCUUCUACUCUAGAUGAGAAGAGAAAAACCGAUACGGGAGGCAGCGAUGCAGCCGGAACCUGGUCGUUCAAUAAUGAAGCUGACGCACAAAACGUGGAAUGGUAG